AGCAGAGUCUCCAAGAGUCAAAUUCACAGCACUCCGCAUCAGCACUUUGUGCUGUGCAGACCCUGGUCAGGGAGUGUGUGGGGCCCUGGAAUAACCAGGGGAAGGGGGGGGUCAAGAACCCGACAAGCCUCCUGCAGAACCACCCAGAGGAGGGACGCCAGAGACCCCGGCCUUUGCUUUUGCUGCGGGAGGCUCCGUGGAGUGGUCUGUGUAUGUGUCUCUGAGCCUAAGAAACUCCCUCGCACAGCAUGCCUCUUGCAGGAACCCCGGCUCCCAACAAGAAGAGAAAGCCAACUAAGCUCAUUUUAGAAUUAACCCAAGAAGUCAUGCCACAAGAAGUGUCCAAGCUGAACCUGGGGAAGAAGAUCAGCAUCCCCAAGGACGUGAUGCUGGAAGAGCUCUCUCUCCUCACCAACAGGGGAUCCAAGAUGUUCAAACUUCGCCAGAUGAGGGUGGAGAAAUUCAUAUAUGAGAACAACCCAGAUUCCUUCACUGACAAUUCUGUGGAUCAUUUUCAGAGGUUCAUCCCACCUGUUGGGGGACAUUAUGGAGUUGAUGCUCACAAUUACUCACACAGUGGUGGGCGGAUGGUGAGCGGCAUAACUGGAGGGCUGUAUGGAUCCAGUAAACUGCACUACCCUCCCAACCCUCCUCCAAAGCCUGGGAGCAAAGGUGGAGCUGGAGGAACAAGAGUCGGGGGAACUGGAGCCGGCCACCCUGAGGGAACUGCUGGCACCGGGGGAGGAGUGGACGGUGGAGGAAGUGAGAACACCGCCGGUGGAAAAGGUGACAAUAAGGCUGGGAGUGGGAAACACAUCUCCAUCUUCAAGACCUACCUCUCUCCAUGGGAAAGAGCACUUGGCAUCACCCCCCAGGAAAAAAGCGAAUCCACGGUCGACCUCUUGUCAUAUGGCUCCAGAGCAGACCUCUGCUUUUACAAAUCCUUUAACAGGACUGCUAUUCCUUACGGGGGAUAUGAGAAGGCCGCCAAGCUGAUGACCUUCCAGAUGCCCGAGUUUGAUGCCGGCCCCUUGGUACCUGAACCUGUUGUCGUGUAUAACCAAGAAGUCAGCAACAGACCUUCAUUCAACAGGACCCCAGUCCCUUGGCUGGCUUCAGGAGACCCUGCAGAAUACAGCAUUGAGGUGAACGUGCCACUGGCAGGAGAAACCGAAGAGUUAUAAAACCUCCCAUCCCCACCCACCCCCCGGCACACUCCUUUCUACCAAACUUGCCCACUCAUGAGUCUGUGACGAGGGACUGAAAAAUGCACUUCCUGGUCCAGAGAUUCCUCUUCCUCUUGGUCCUUCCUUAGAACAGCUGAGUUCCCAGUAGGUUCUAACAUAACUUUGCUGUGGCAUUUAUCUGUAUCAGAGGUAACAGAAGGAAAUCACUAGUGUGAGAAAGAAGGAAGGGGAGAAUGAGCUAACGAAUAGAUGCCAGAGAAGAAAUGGCACAUCUAUUUGCCCACCAAGACAAAAAGGCAGCCCUAAGAAUGCCCCAAGAUAAUAAAUGCUGCCUGCCUGCUCUGUGCUGAUCCUUUCUCUGUCAUUCGGAAGAAACGAAUAAAGUGUCUAGAAAGUAA